AUGUUACAGGGCAGUAUAUCAGGCUGACAGGGGGCCGGCAGCAUCACUGACCACUACCAUAAAGACUGACCUACUGGAGUAAACAUUACCAUGUUGAGGGAGGGAUAAACCACUGGUGUCCACCCAUCAGUAUUUAAUACUGUGUACUCCCUCAUUUAAUCUGCUAUUGGCUUGCCAUCCUCUCCCUCUCCAUCUCUCACAGCUGCUCUUCAUUUUUCAUCAUUAUUUUUCUCACAGGUGUGAAAAAAUAAACAAGCAAGAUGUCAGAGAAAAAGAUGAAUUCGAGCCGCAGGGGUCAUCUGAAGAGCUUGAUGCUUGCGAUUGCCAAAGACCUCCUGGAGAAAGAAGCAGCAGACUUGAUAACGGAAAAGGCAGCUUUUAUAGCAGAAAACUGCCCUGCUCCGGUAUUGUCUGGGGGUCUUCCUGAGCUGCAGGAAAUGCUUAAAAAGUUGGCCCAGACCAUUGACAAGGUUGAUGAGGAUAGAUAUGACGCCGAGGCAAAAGUGAAGAAGACAGACAAAGAGAUCGAGGACCUGAAGAUGAAAGUGGUUGAGAUCCAGGGCAUAAAGAAGCCAGCUCUGAAGAAAGUGCGCAUGUCUGCUGAUGCUAUGCUUGCAGCUCUGCUGGGCACCAAGCACAAGGCUUCCAUGGAUUUCAGAGCCAACUUGAAAGAAGUGAAGAAGGAGGUCAAAGAGGAGGAGGAAGUCGGUGACUGGCGUAAGAACGUUGAUGAACAGGCUGGCAUGGACGGCAGGAAGAAGAAGUUUGAGACCGCAUAAAUUACUGAAUUUGUUUUUUAAUACAUCUUUUAGGUUGUUUUGUUAUACCGUCACAGAGUUAGAGUCAUUUUGUCAAUCUAUUUAACUUAAACGUAUGUCUUAUGUCAAUAGUAAAAAGCUAUUGAAGAAAACGUAUUUUACCUAUGUCCAACAUUCAUGCCAAAGCUCAGUAAUUAAAUAAAUGCUUUGAAGAAGA